GACGUCAGUGGCUGUCUGAGCACAGUUGUGUUGCCAGGAUCUGGGGAGUAAAGGAGGAAACCUGAGGGAUGAGAGAUUGCCACAAAACAACAGGAAUCAUACUGGACAGAUAUUCCAUCGCUUAGCUAUGGCUACAAAUACAGAACAGUGAGAUCGGAGGUUUGUUUUUUCCUGACAUGUUGGUUGACGGAUGUACAACGAGAUAGCUAUCUGGUCCUGAAUUCGCUCAUCGAAGUUUUGGCUGAAGAAGUUUAACGUUACAGCGGUACGGCCAGCCAUUACCGCUAUCACCUGGCUGUCUUUUACCACUUGACACAGCCCUGAACAACAAAGACCAAAAACAUGGUGUCCUGGAUGAUUUCGAGAAGCGUUGUGCUGCUUUUUGGGACUCUGUAUCCUGCAUACUACUCUUACAAAGCUGUCAAGACAAAAAAUGUCAAGGAAUAUGUGCGAUGGAUGAUGUACUGGAUUGUGUUUGCCCUCUACACUGUGGUGGAGACCAUCACCGACCUGACACUGGCAUGGUUUCCUCUGUACUACGAGCUGAAGAUAGCCUUUGUGAUCUGGCUGCUGUCCCCCUACACCAGAGGAGCAAGUCUUAUUUACAGGAAGUGUCUGCACCCUCUGCUGUCCUCUAGAGAAAGAGAAAUAGAUGAGUAUAUUGUGAAUGCCAAAGAGAGGAGCUACGAGACCAUGGUCCACUUCGGCAAGCAGGGACUGAGCAUUGCGGCCACCGCCGCGGUCACUGCUGCUGUCAAGGGUCAGGGUGCCAUCACAGAGAAGCUGCGUAGCCUGAGUAUGCACGACCUCACGCAGAUAACCCAGCAAGAUGACGGCGCAGGGAACCAGCUCUAUGAGUACAGCUCCCGCUCAGCCAACCCUGCCAUCAGGAGAUCUCAGAGCACUGAUGCUGGCGACAGAGCAGACUACUACUAUGACCAGGAGGAGAGGACGGAUGAAGAGGCGGAGCCAACCUUCUCUGAAGACGAGGCAGUCACUCAGAAAGGACUGAGGCGAUCGCAGAGUGUCAAGAUCUCACGAUCCAAAGUCCGCAAAGAUGCGCGUUAUGGAUCCCUGAAGAUAAAAGGCAAGAAGAGACCAACGCUGAGCUCUGUUAACUAUGGAAUGUGAAAAGAGUUCCACACACACACACACACACACACACACCAGAGCAAUCUGCAAUAUUCGGUGGAUGGGAUUCCAGCUCCUUGGAGCCCGAACUCUUAUGAGCUUUCUUCAGACAUAUUUAUUACUUAAUUCAUCCCAAACCAGUGACUAUUUCAGAACCUACACUCUGAGAACUUCAAUGUUUUUCUUUGGGUUGAUUUUUGCAUGAACUUGUGUGUUUCAAAUGUUUUUUAGAAUUGUAGUUUAGGUGUAGGUGUGAUGUCAUGCGUAGUCUUUUAGAUUUGACAUCUGUUUGCUUCAGUCUUUUAGUGUGGCCUCUUUCUAAUAAGGCCUCCUUUUU